GACUCUCUCACGUACGGUGCUCUGAUCCCGGGACGGACUCUCCCAGCCUGCCGUGCUCCCCCCGCCGGCUCCCCGCCUCCGUGUCCGCAGCUACCAGAUGAAAAGAUCAAUACCACUCUGAGACCUGUCCAGCAUCGAUCCUCUCUAACUCUGGAGAGCAAGCUUACUCAGAGAGAGAUCACGUCUUCUCAGCUCACCUAAGAAACAGAGGAUCAGAAGAGGAAACACUGGAGGGACAAACUUCAGACUAUGCCAGCGCCAAAAGCACAACAACCCAACCGUUAGCAGAAGAUUACAGAGAAGAGGAGCUUUUUGCAGCAUAAUGUAGUUCUCUCUGACUUCCUCCAUGCAACAUCUCUGCUUGGCUGAUAUAAUUGGCCGAGUGUAGACUGACGGACCAAUGGAGCAGGUCGGGGAGGAUCUGAACCUCUCCUAUCUGCUGGAACAUGAAAGAGACAUGAUUCUGAAGGUGCUGCAGAAAGACGAGAAAUUGAGGAAGCGAGAGGAGAAGAGGAUACGGAAGCUGAAGAAUGAGCUGCUGGAGAUCAAACGAAAGGGUUCCCGUCGGCCCCAGGAGCUGGGGGAGCGACAGUGCGCUCGCUGCCUGAAGAGCUUGGGCCUCAUCUUUGACCGCGGAGAUCUCUGCGAGGAGUGUCAGCUGCGCGUCUGCAACGACUGUCGCGUUACAACUCCCAAAACACGGCAGUGGAGAUGUAAUGUUUGUGCCAAGAUCUUGGAGCUGAAGGUGGUAACAGGAGAGUGGUUCCUGGAGGAGCGGUCCAAGCGCUUUGAGCAGGGAGUGCCGAGCGGUGACGUGAUCAAACAGACAAUUAUGAACAGCCCGAUCAUCACACACUCAAAGUCGACAGAGAACUUGUCAGCCGCCUCAGAGUCUGAGAUACCUGACACACCGAGAUCCAAAAGAAGUGCAGUGCUCAACAUUGUGGACGGUGCCCGGAGGAAAGGAAGGAUGAAGCUGGACAAAAGAGGCAACCGCUCGAACCUGAAGCAGGACAACGGAGUCGACAGUGCCAGUGCCAAAUCUGCUUCAGAUGGAGAUGCUCAGAGCGUACGAAGCGUUCACUCUGCUCCGAGUCCACGUUCAAGCAGGGGCGGUGCGGUGGCCUUGGAGUCCUCUGGGAUGCCCACGGUACCCAACAACCUGCGUACCCAAACUCCGGACAGAACCUCCACUUCCAGCGACAACCGGAGGAUCAGGCCUGACGGAGCGGAGAGCGUUGCCAGUGUACACUCCAGUGACAGUGCACCUGAGAAAAAAGCUCCCGGCCAUCACAGGACGGACUCGGGCGCCCCAACUAUUUCUGUGUCUAGGGCCUCAGUUUCAUCAGAUCACAGUCGCUCAGAGAUGGACCUGUCAGCUCCUGGUUCUGAACCCAGUGACGACGCCUUCAGUCUCAGGAGCCGCUCGGUCCCUGGGCUCAAUGAAGCAGAGUUCUCUGACGAGGAUGCGGAGGAAGACAUCGAUGCCCUGAUGUCGGCUCACAGCAAGACUGCAGGCCGACGCCUCAGCAACGCACAGUCAACGUCCUCCACUCCUGGCUCAGAGAGACGGUGGGGGUACCUCAAUGUCCCUGACUCGGAUGCUGAGACUAGUAGUAUAAACAGCAUGAUGAGCAUGUACAGUGAGACCGGUGACUAUGGCAACGCCCGGGUGAGCGGCGAGAUCCUGCUGAACAUCAGCUACAGCUACAAAACCGGUGCUCUCAACGUUCUGGUGAAAGAGUGUCACAACCUGGCGACAGGAGAUGAGAGGAGGCAGCGUACGGACAGUUAUGUGAAGACGUACCUUCUGCCAGAUACGUCACGACAGAGCAAGAGAAAGACGAGCAUCAAGGCCAACACCAUUAACCCUGUUUUCAAUGAGAAUCUGAGGUACGUGAUCAGCCACUCGCAGCUGGAGACUCGAACCCUGCAGGUCUCCGUGUGGCACCACGACCGGUUCGGGCACAACAGCUUCCUGGGAGAGGUGGAGCUGACCUUUGACUCCUGGGAGUUUGAUUCCCAGAUAGAGGACUGGUACGCGCUGCAGCCCAGGGUGGAGAGCAACAUAGACACCACAAUGCAGUAUAAAGGAGAGCUGACUGUGGUGCUGAAGUACAUACCUGCAGAGAAGAACCUCACGCUGCCUCUGGACCAAGUGCAAGUGAAGAAAGGGUUCCUAAAAGGCAAGAAGACGAGCAACUUCACUCUACCUAAGGGGGGCAUGGUUGAGCUGCUGGUCAAAGGAGCCAAAAAUCUAACUGCUGUCAAGUCCGGAGGCACCUCUGAUCCUUUUGUGAAAGGAUACCUCCUCCCUGACAGUAACAAGUCAACAAAGCACAAGACGGUGGUGGAGCGACGCACCGUGAACCCACAGUGGAACCACACCUUCACCUACUGCGGCCUGCAGCCAGGAGACCUCAACAACGUCUGCCUAGAGCUCACCGUGUGGGACAAAGAAGCCCUGGCCAGCAACGUCUUCCUGGGAGGGGUCAGGCUCGGAGCUGGCACAGGCACAAGCUACGGGAACGAGGUAGACUGGAUGGACUCAUACGGGGAGGAACAGCGGCUGUGGCAACGCAUGAUUGAAAACCCAGAAGUCCCUCAGGAGUGCACUCUGAUGCUGCGAUCCAGCAUGCGCAAGUACAACACAUGAGCUGAAUCACAGCACAGGCAAGAGAGGACAAAAGAGAAUAAAGAGAGGGAGGAGGAGAGGUGAUGUGAAGGCGAGGUGAGGAGAGAGCUGGUGAAGUGGAACGGUCAAGAAAUAAACAAAGGGUCCUGGACUGGAACGCUCAUACAGGAAUAGAGACUGUCCCUCUCUCCCUACUUCUUUCCCCCCUGAGAUGCCCUGUUCAGCCAGUCAUGCCUUACACACUCAUCCACAUGUGCCCCCCCUCGUGCCCUCCAAAGCAUCUAGUCUUGACUAAGCACUGCUGUUUACUGCUGUAUAUGAAAAACAUGUGUUGUGUGUAACUUACUGUACCUAGCCGAAUAAGCACACAGUGUGAAUCCUGACGUGCCCGUCCUCGUCUCUGUGAUUCAUGAACCAGAGUCAUAUCUGUAAGGCGUUAGAUGAGGCACUGAUCAAUAACGUAGAGACCUAGACAUUCCCUUUAUAAGUAACCAAGCUGCAUCCUGGUCUAAAGCACACGAUGAUGCUGAGAUUCAUCCCCUGGAAACAGUUUUGUACAGAGGUGGAAAGUGACCAGUACUACUGUCUCAUUCAAGCAGUAGGCUUUAGUAGCAACGGUAGCACUUUUGAAGACUUGUUUAUCUCCGCUGCUCUCAAAGUAGUAACCAUCUUUAUUUACACGUUUUAGAUCACUUCAUGAGGGAAAAUAUCGCAGCAAAAUGGAGUAUCCUCCUGCAGGCUGCUCUGUUAUUCUGCCUGGGGCAACAGUAUAAUUACUGAUUUUAGAAUUUACCCAAAAAACUAGGAGUGCAACUGUGUUGGUCAUUUGAUUAAAAAUUUAUGAAAUGCCAGAAUAUUUGAGAAAAAUAGCUAUAAAAAUUUCCAAAGCCGUAGGCAACUUCAGGUUUUGAAAGCUUGUGUUGACUGCUUGAUAUAACAAUCUAAAACUCAAAGAUACAUACACUGAAACAAAAUCCUCUCAACACUUAAAAGGCCCAGACACACGGAACCAACAUCAAAGAACUAGUAGCAUUGAAGGCCGAGUGUUGCGUCACCUCACAUCACCUGUGUCUCCACCAAAAACUUGAGCUGAACACAAACAAAGACUACAGCCAAUGGCCAACUGGCACGUACACUCUGCGCCUGCAUGAGAGGAAAUAACUCUCCAUACCAGCAGGUGGCGGCAGUCUGUAUUCGUCGUUCAAAAAGGAAAACUGGAAUACAGACAGGACAGAUUUAGGAUGCUAGUUAGCCAGUUAGCACAAAGGAACAAAUUAUAUUUAUUGUGCACUAGUGAACAAUAUCAAUAGUGAACUGUUUCUGCUAAAGAACUCAAUAGCUUAAGAAUAAUCCCACUAAUUAUAACAAGUUUGUUUUGAUCUCAUGACUUUAGCCAUUUGUUUACUUUCCUCACUUCCAUUUGUCUUCUCACUGAGCUGAACUGUUAAUAGGAUUGCUUUCAUUCACACCGUCUCCGAUGUCGAUUCAACAUGCUGAAUCAGCUGAAAAAAAGCCAACAAGGGCCGAGUAGGGCCAAGAGUGCUGGACACACCCAAAAAUCUAAGACACCGACACUGACCGAUGGCAGACCGUUUGCUUAGAGGGUCAGGCGCUGUCAGACGUUUGGUGGGUCCACCACUUUGGUCCAGACUGAAAUAUCUCAACAACUAUUUGAGGGAUUGUCAUGACAUUUACAAACAUUCAUGGCUCCCAGAGGAUGAAUCCCGAUGACUUUAGCGAACAUGUGUUUUACUCUAGCACUGUAGGUUUUGAGCGAAACAUCUCAACAACUGUUGGAUGGAUUGGCAUGAAAUUUGGUGCAAACUUUCACGGUUCCUCUAGAGUGAUUGGUGAUUUGCUGAUGUCUCUUUAGCGUUAUCAUCAGGUCAAAAUUUUUAUACAGGAAAUUGGUUUAUGACCAAAUACCAGCAAAACUAAUGACAGUUUGUGUUUAAUGCUAACUGGGAAAUACAAUCAUGCUAUCAGGCUAAACCAGUGGUUCUUAACUGGUGGUCCAUUCUGAAUGGACCGCAAGUGACUCAUGAAUGUGUCAAGUCUGUAUAAAACACACUUUAUUUUGAAGUACAGAGAGAAUUUCUGACACAGAGGUUUAUUUAUGAGUGAGUGACUAACAGACAGAGAAAGUAAACCAGCUCAAUGGCAUGGCCAAACGCAGGUAUGGCGUUGAAUAAAUUAAACUGUGAACCAUGAACUAAUGACUAAGGAGAAAUCUGGAUCCCGUGACUGGACCAGAUGGGAACUACUGGGGUAAACUAACGUGGUGAACACAGUGAGCAUCAUACUCAUCAUCAGACUCAGUCUCUUUGCUUCAUAAAUGACAACCAGUUAACUGAAAGCAAAAUCGUUGGCACGUUAUUUUCUUUCAAUUGAUCGAUCAACUCUCAGCAUUUUAAAAGAAAGUACAAGUUCUUGAAGAAUGUACUUACAGUAAAAAGUAGCCUACUUGUGACAGGUGUAGAUUUCACGGGGGAUAUGGGUACUUCCCUCCAAUAUUUAGAGCAUAACCUCCCACCACAAUAAAAAAUAGCAGGACUUUAUGAAAUUAAAGACAUUUACACCAUAAAUCGAUGCAGACAAGGCACAAAUUCGUGCAUAAAAAUUCACCAGAAUGCAGGAAAUUAAGUGUUUGACACUUAAAUUAUCGGGGGAAGGACCCUUAAACCUCCCCCCAGUGUUCAAAAGAAGCUUACGCCCUUGCUUGUAGUUAGUUACUUUCCACCUCUGGCUUUCAGAUUUUAAAAAAAAUGUAGAGAGAUGACACAGUUUAGAUUAGCUUCGAUGUAAAUUAACACUGUAUCAGUGUGAUAAUAGAAACUGCAUGGUAUUAGAUAAAACAGAGGUAGAAGAACAAAAGAUGGUUAUAUAAAGCACUGAUAUUUACAUCAUUUUACACAUUUUACAAGUGUGAUUUUAAGUGCAGGAACCCUGAGACAGAGGCUGUGUGUUACAGAGUGAGUCAGCACUGAGGCGAGCUGCCUUCAUCUCAGGGGGAGCCUAAUAAUGAGUCAGUCGCAGUCACCUUGUCGCUGUCGCCCCGGGCUCGGCCAUCCACCCUCCUGUGAUGAAUCACGAAAUUCACAAAAACGAUUCUCAACCUAAACCCUGUGCGACCAUUUCUCAUGUGGAAUGCCAAUUUUGUCGCGCUUGUCCUUGGCAGCACCUCCGCUCUGAACUCCCAGGGCACAACAGUUUCACACUGCACAAUUAUAGUAAUAAUACAUGGUGUUCACUGUACUACAUACUUUAGAUGAGAGGCUCGUGCAAUACCUGAUUACUGAAGAAACUCUUUGAUGUACAGCAUGCACUAUCUCUGUUGUGUCUGGUUUCCAAGCGUCAAACUCACUGUAUUCAAACCUAUUUUGUCCCAAACGUGUUACAGGAAUAUUUUGAAAUAAACGCAUCU